GGUGCCGGGAGCUUUCGUUCCUAGUCCCGGCUGUCGAACGGAUCUGACGGACUACCUACCGGCCGAUCGCGGAAAAUCGACGCGUAACGGCGCUGUUUGUUUUCCAUCGCGUUAUUACACGACUCGCUCGUACUUACACAUAUUAUAUUGAUGCAACAGCUUAAACUACAAAUAAACUAUUACUAGGUAUGAAUUAAUGUAUCUUAAAAGAAAUACUUAUGUUUUUUAUGUGUAUAUAGUAAGUGGUGAAGUUUCUAAGAUGAACCGUUUAAUGUGACAUCUAAGCAAUACGAUGACGAUAUCAAACGUGUAGGACAAUUUUUUUCUGGAUCAAGAUAUUGCCCUCGGCGAGGUGUGAGUGUGUAGUAUGUGAAGUACGCGAUAAGUGAUGAAACUUUUUUAAAAGAUAAAAUAUGUUUGUCGGAAAACGAAAAAUGGAGUUAGUUGUGUUAGGGACGUGCUUGACAUUGUUCUUUAGUGGGACAGUUCUCGGAAUUAUUGACGGAGAGCCUGCGAAUGCAAUGCAUGAAGUUCAAACUGUUCAGGGCAACACGGCCAGUUUACCCUGCGACAUCACGCCUAUCGUUCAAGGAGACAAAAUGCAUAUAGUAAUAUGGUUUAAAGCAACCAGCAAGGGAGAUACACCUAUUUAUACGUUCGAUAGUCGUGAUAAACAGCUUGAAUUAGGCAAGCACUGGUCUGAAGAAUCACUGCUGGGCAAAAGAGCGAUGUUCCGGUAUCAGGAUGAACCAGCAAAGCUGCUACUGGAAAACGUUAAGGACUCAGACGCAGGCAUGUAUCACUGUCGGGUUGACUUCCAGCGGAGUCCGACCAGAAACGUCAGGGUCAAUCUAUCAGUAAUAAUUCCCCCCGAAAAGUUAACGAUAUUGGGGGAAAACGGCUCAAACAUACCCUACCAUAUUCUUGGACCCUACAACGAAGGCUCUUCCGUUAACAUAACGUGCGAGGUCACGGGAGGUCGUCCGCUACCGAAAGUAACUUGGUGGCAGGAAAAUGCCUUACUGGACGAUUCAUUCGAAUAUCUACCCGACAGGAAAGUAAGGAAUGUUUUGACCAUAGAAAAGUUAGCUAGACAUCAUCUACAUGCUGUCUUUGUUUGCCAAGCUUCAAACAAUAAUUGGAGACCUCUUACAAGCCGAAUUACAUUGGAUUUAAAUUUGAGGCCCCUAUGGGUACGAUUUGUUGGUGACAAUCGACCCUUAUCAGCUGGCACACCCUAUGAAUUGAGCUGUGAAGUUGUCGGUGCAAGACCACCCCCGACUAUUACAUGGUGGAAGGGUAGCGUUCAGAUGAUAGACACUAGGCAAACGACAAGUCCUGACGCUAACACAACGACAAGUGUUCUCACAUUUACCCCGACAAUUGACGAUGAUGGAAAGUAUCUUUCAUGUAGAGGACAGCAGCCGUUAAUCCAAGACAGCGGUAUAGAAGACGGAUGGAAAUUGGAUAUUCACUACGUUCCCGUCGUCACUUUGGAGCUCGGUAGCAAUAUCAACAGCACUAACAUCCGAGAAGGAGAAGACGUCUACUUCGAAUGCAACAUUAAAUCUAAUCCGUGGGUGUAUAAAGUUAGUUGGAAACACAACGGAAAGCUGCUAUACAACAAUGCGGCCGCAGGGACAAUUGUUAGCAAUCAAAGUUUGGUACUUCAGGCCAUAACUAGACAAAGGGCGGGACUGUAUACGUGCGUCGGUAGUAACCAAGAGGGUGACGGAGAAAGCAACCCCGUGCAAUUGAACAUAAAAUUUGCUCCCGUAUGCCGUCUGGGUCAACCGAAAGUUUUCGGGGUCGCCCGGCACGAACUGGCAAAGAUCCCGUGCGACCUGGAGGCAAAUCCGGACAAAGUUAACUUCACAUGGAAAUUUAACAUCAGCGGCGAGACAAUCGAUAUACCUCAGUCGCAUACUAUCGCGGACAAGACGAGAAGCAUAGCUUCGUACAAACCGAUGACCGAGAAGGACUACGGCACCCUAUUGUGCAAGGGCACCAACGAAGUCGGCGAACAAAAAGAACCGUGCGUCUUCUAUAUUACACCUGCUGGAAAACCGGACCCUCUUGCAAAUUGUACAAUUCUAAACCAAACUGCUGAUUCGUUGAACGUUGACUGCUUGGAGGGUUUCGAUGGCGGUCUGGAUCAAUUUUUUGUGAUGGAAGUAUACGAUGCGCAAAGCAGAAAACUUGUGAGCAACGUAACAUCGAAAAGCCCGAUUUUCGCAGUCGGAGGCCUCGAAUCUGGCCUCGGGUUUGAAGUAGCGCUUUACGCUGCAAACAAAAAGGGACGAAGCGAUGUUUCACGAUUGCACGCGUCAACCCUCAAAUCAGCAGAGAAACACACAGCCAUGUCUCCUCUUCUUAUCCAUAUCACCCCCAUAAUAGGCACCUUGGCAGGCGUAGUGGUUGCUAUCGUUCUGAUGGCGGUUAUCAUUGUGGUGGUAAUAAGAUGUCGAGGUCGUGGUGAACACGACGAAAAACUACAUGCAGAGGGUAGUUUAUUGUCUGGUAACGGUCACCAUCAUCGUAGUGGUGGUAGGAGGGGAAGUGUUUCCAACAGAGGCGACCAAACCAGUUGCGAACCACUGAACAGACAACUGAAUUGUAGUGUCGAUAGUUUGGAUGAGAAGAAUCCUGAUUUGAUUCCGCACGAAAAUGAUGAAGAAUACCAGGAAGAAGAAAGAGCUUUUGAACGAUUAAAUAACGUCCAAGUAAGGCCGUUCUUGUCUGUCACUACUGGAAGGAGCAGUCCUUAUGGAGCAUUUGAUCCACAUACAAACGUUAACGAAAUGACUUACGCCGAACUUUCUCUAUGCAAUCGACAAAAUCCUCACGUCAUCUACAACAAUCAAUCGACCCAUUUGUUGAACGUUAAGCACAAACAUGAACCUGUCGUUUACUCUCAAAUUCAAACGACUGCAGCGUAUCCAUCUCAACAUCAGCAUCAACAACAGCAGUCACUUCUGCAACCGUUGAGUCCCCCAAUUUCCGCAUCCCUCCCGCGACUACAUCAUUCCGGCCAUAUGCCCAUGUACGUAACCAGACGAUUCCAAGAUGAUCUCCGGGGCAACGUAACUCCUCCGCAACAGCAACAACAACUGCAGCACGAAGAAUGUACUUCUUCACAAACUCCGCUAAUCAACCCACGAAUAAACGAGAUGGUACCUUGCUCCGGCCCAGGUUUAACAAAGGGCACAUCAAUAAUGAGUCCCCGUACUGUAACAACAACACGCUUUUGACCUAAACAAGAGUAGAUUUAAAGACAAAAGUGCCUGUUGUUCACCAACCACCAAAGACGCUGAAAAAUGGACUGUUACAGAAAAGUCGUAGAUAGGGCGAAUCAAGUAGGUUCUUAUUGUAAUUUUAUAUCAGAAGCGAACACGUCGCGGUGCAGUGGCGUGCGUAAACAGAGUGCCAAAUAAAGUAGAAUUCGAAACUGUUCGAGUAGAGUUUGUUAUCGGGGUAUCUGUUUUAAGAGUUUAGAUACGACAUUAGCAAAAUAUGGUUCGUUAAUUAUUACUGUGGAUGCAAUCAGAGACGUAUGUAUAAAUUUAAAUAUAUUAGAGGAUAAGUUAUAAAAAAAGGGUAAAAAUUGUUGUAUAAAUCAAACUGUUGAAAUUUAUUUGAGUGUAAACGCAUUUUAAAACAGAACAUGUCUGUUUUUCUACUGAUUGUGAAUGAAUCAUUGCAGUUGAAAUUUGUUGUGUUUAUGGUGCUCUGAACACCCUGAACAUGCGAUAUACAUAAUAAAAAAAUGGGGCUGUUUGCCUACAGUGUACUUUGUCCAAAUAAUCUAAAUAGCUAUAUAUGAAUAAUAAAUAAUUAAUAUAUGUUGUUUAAAUUUUCACGUCUAGUUUAUAUAAGGUUGUAAUGUGAUAUUAGAAUACCGUUAAUAUACUACUGCUGUAUUUGCUUGUUAAAUAAAAGAUCAUAAAAGUCGCACCGUCAUAAAAAUUUACAAUUUAACGAUUACAUCUAAUUCCAAUUUUAAUCUUUAUCUUAAACUUUCAGCAUGAAACUUUAUUUCGUUAAUAAUUUCUGUUGGAGAGAAAGUCAAUUAAAGUCACCAGGUCAAUUAGAAAUAUAAAAAUUCGGCAUAAAAUGAGAAAACCUAGUCAUAAAGAGUGCCUACACUCUUAUCAUAAAUAUAUUUAGUAUUUAGCAUUUUCUUUCUAAAAAAGAUUUGUAUACAGAGUGAUUAUUAAGCUGUAAAACUGCACGCAAUCAAUAGAUUCAAUUAAAGAAAUUUGUGUUUAUAAUAAUAAUAGAAAGAGGAGAGAUCAAAGUUAGGCAGUAAUUUGGUGCUUCUUGGUGUGAGAUUGCUUAAUAAUCAUCGUUUAUACAUUUUGACAAUAAUCUUUCACUUAUAUGUAUUUAAUAUUUAUUAACACUACUUUAUAAAAUUCGCAAAUUGAAAACCAAUCAAAUCCAUACAAGGUACUUAUGUAUAUAUCUAUAAACAGAACACUUUAUUCGUUGUAAUAAUGACUAGAAAUCAAUUGAGGUUGUUUGAAAAUUGUAGUAAAAAUCAAUCAAAAGUGAUGCAAAAAAAAUAACAGUAACUUUCAUCAACUUAAUUUUUACCUAACAAUAAGUGUAACUGAGCAAUUUGCUACAACAUUUAUAUAUAUAUAUAUAUAUAUUUAAAUGCCACUACUUUUACAUUCCUUUUUGCGAUAACUGUAUCUACAGUUCCCUGAAAAAACCCCAUGACAAAUCGUUUCAACGUGGUCAAUGUCUCGUUCUUUAUAGCCUUGUUUGUUGUUUGAUAAUUAUUGUAAAUUAAAGAAAAUAUUAAGAGAUUAAAAAUGAUGUUACUCGGAUUAACUGUUGCUCUAUUUUCGAAUGGAACGUUUUUCCUGGGGGCAAUGCUGAUAAAUUUCUGUAUAGUUGUAAAAUUUAAGUCUGCCAUAAUAUGUACAAUUCAUUUUUAGUAAUUAUGUACAUGUAAACUAAAUAUUAACUUAAAUGUGAAUGUACAAAUUGUGCAAAUCAUCUCUAAUAAACGAUUAUAUA